AUACCACCAAACGAAACACAGCCUCAAAAGUUAAAAACCAUAGAAAUUAGAAGAUGCCCGGUCCUUCCACAGGCUUCCUUUGCCUCCUCUCCAAGCUUUUAAAAACCCUCUCGAACUCUCUCCAUCACUCUCUGGUAAAAUUAAAGAAAAAAGAAUUUGCGCUCUUUUGUUGAUCUCGAAGAUGGCCUCAAGAAGGCUGAGUAAGUGCGCGGCGGCGGCCAUUAGAGCCAAUUUCAGAGGUUCGGAGUUGUGUCUCUACCAAUCCCGUUCGGCGCACUCCCGCGCAAUCUAUGUUUGCAGUUCUCCGUUGGGGAACUCUUUGAACAACGACUUAUCUCGUCCUGUAGUUCGUAACGGAGUUGCAGUCAACGGCAAUGCCGUUUUUGCCAAUUUUAGCGGGAACCCCCUCACUCGCAGCUUUCACUCUUCUACCCCGCUUUAUUAUUCUGCAACUAGCUCUGGCCAGGUUACUCCAGCAGAAUUCACCGAGAUGGCAUGGGAAGGCAUUGUUGGUGCCGUUGAUGCCGCACGUGUUAACAAACAACAAGUGGUGGAAACCGAGCAUCUAUUGAAAGCUCUUUUGGAGCAAAAGGAUGGCUUAGCUAGGAGGAUAUUUACGAAGGCAGGCCUUGACAACACAUCAAUUCUACAAGCCACAGAUGACUUUAUAUCACAACAGCCAAAGGUGACAGGUGACACAAGUGGUCCUGUAAUGGGCCCAAGUUUUGCUUCUUUCUUGGACAAAGCUCGAACGCAUAAGAAAGAAAUGGGAGAUGAUUUUGUGUCAGUUGAGCACCUGGUCUUAGCAUUCAUUUCAGAUAAGAGGUUUGGACAACAGUUACUCAAGAAACUUCAGCUGAGCGAUAAGGAUUUGAAGGAAGCUGUUAAAGCUGUCCGUGGUAGUCAGAGAGUAACUGAUCAAAAUCCUGAAGGAAAAUAUGAAGCGCUUGAGAAAUAUGGAAAUGACCUGACGGAGCUGGCCAGACGUGGAAAACUUGAUCCCGUUAUAGGUCGAGAUGACGAAAUUCGGCGGUGUAUUCAGAUAUUAUCCAGGAGAACAAAAAAUAAUCCUGUUAUUAUUGGAGAACCUGGCGUGGGAAAAACUGCCAUUGCUGAAGGGUUAGCUCAGCGUAUUGUGCGGGGGGAUGUUCCAGAAACUCUUAUGAAUCGCAGGUUGAUAUCUCUUGAUAUGGGUUCACUGGUUGCUGGUGCCAAGUUCCGUGGAGAUUUUGAAGAAAGGUUGAAAGCUGUGCUGAAGGAAGUUACUACUUCCAAUGGGCAAAUUAUAUUAUUCAUUGACGAGAUACAUACUGUUGUUGGAGCAGGGGCCACAAGUGGUGCAAUGGAUGCUGGGAACUUGUUGAAACCAAUGCUUGGGCGAGGUGAGCUUCGGUGUAUUGGAGCAACGACGUUGACUGAGUAUAGGAAAUACAUUGAGAAAGAUCCAGCACUUGAGCGUCGAUUUCAACAAGUUUUUGUUGGUCAACCAUCUGUUGAAGACACAAUAUCCAUUCUUCGGGGACUACGUGAGCGCUAUGAGCUACAUCAUGGUGUUAAAAUAUCGGACAGUGCCCUUGUUUCAGCUGCAGUUCUUGCAGAUCGGUACAUUACUGAUCGAUUUUUGCCCGACAAAGCUAUUGAUCUAGUUGACGAAGCUGCGGCAAAGCUAAAGAUGGAGAUCACUUCUAAGCCUACAGAGUUGGAUGAAAUCGACAGAGCUGUGCUAAAGUUGGAGAUGGAGAAACUAUCGUUGAAAAAUGAUACUGAUAAAGCAUCUAAAGAAAGGUUAAGCAAGCUGGAAAGUGAUUUAAACUCCCUCAAACAAAAGCAGAAAGAACUAAAUGAACAGUGGGAUCGUGAGAAGGCCCUUAUGACUCGAGUACGAGCUAUUAAAGCAGAGAUUGAUAGAGUUAAUUUAGAAAUUGAAGCUGCUGAGCGUGAUUAUGAUUUAAAUCGUGCUGCUGAGCUUAAAUAUGGGACCCUGACGACCCUUGAACGCCAAUUAAAAGAGGCCGAGAAAAACCUUGCCGACUUUCGAAAGUCCGGGAAGUCUCUACUUCGAGAGGAGGUCACUGACCUGGAUAUUGCUGAAAUUGUAAGUAAAUGGACUGGUAUACCUUUAUCAAACCUUCAACAGUCGGAGAGGGACAAGUUAGUGAAGUUAGAAGAGGUACUCCAUAAGAGGGUGGUGGGUCAAGAUUUUGCAGUAAAGGCGGUGGCUGAUGCAAUUCGGCGUUCAAGGGCCGGAUUAUCUGAUCCAAAUCGACCUAUAGCUAGUUUCAUGUUCAUGGGUCCUACUGGUGUUGGCAAAACAGAGCUUGCAAAGGCUUUGGCUGGCUACCUUUUCAACACUGAAAAUGCACUUGUGAGAAUUGAUAUGAGUGAAUACAUGGAAAAGCAUGCUGUUUCGCGCUUGGUUGGGGCUCCACCUGGGUAUGUUGGUUAUGAAGAAGGAGGGCAGCUCACUGAAGUAGUUCGUCGAAGACCGUAUUCUGUAGUACUCUUUGAUGAAAUUGAGAAAGCGCACCACGACGUGUUUAAUAUUCUGCUGCAGUUGUUGGAUGAUGGAAGAAUAACUGACUCCCAAGGAAGGACUGUUAGUUUUACAAAUUGUGUUGUGAUUAUGACUUCAAACAUCGGUUCUCAUUUAAUUCUUGAAACUCUUCUUAAUACAGAAGAUAGCAAGGAUGUUGUUUAUGAUUUGAUGAAAAGGCAAGUAGUCGAGUUGGCUAGACAAACGUUCCGCCCAGAAUUUUUGAAUCGGAUAGAUGAGUAUAUUGUUUUCCAGCCUUUGGACUCCAAAGAAAUCAGUAAAAUCGUCGAGAUACAGCUGAACCGGGUUAGGGAGAGGCUCAAACAAAAGAAAAUCGAUCUUCAUUAUACAACGGAGGCUGUUGAGCUUCUAGGAACCUUGGGAUUUGAUCCCAACUUUGGGGCAAGGCCAGUUAAGAGAGUGAUACAGCAGUUGGUUGAGAAUGAAAUUGCAAUGGGAGUCUUGAAAGGGGAUAUUACAGAGGAAGAUUCAGUCAUUGUUGAUGUGUCGGCUCAAGCCAAAGGCUCCCCAUCCCGUAAGAAAUUGUGUAUCAGGAAGUUAGAGAGCAGCUCCCCUGUAGAAACUAUGGUUGCCUGAGAUCGCUGUAGGAGUUGUAAAUUUGUCCUCCAAUGAGGUUUUCUUCUUUCACGCCUCUUAUGGUUUCCUUGUAUGUUUGGACCUAGAAACACAAGCUGCCUCUGAUUAUACGGUUUAAAGGAAUAGUUGAAUAGAGCGCCAAGUUAUGUUUGCGAUUUGCGAAGCUCUUGUUCAAGGUACAUGUUUUGGUGUACUUUUAACAUCAUCUUUUUUUAACAGACGCCUCAGCAAAUUGGGAUUCUAGUGAUGCUGAAGCCUGAAAGGCAACUUUUUCA